AUGAAAAAUAAAAAUAAGCUCAAACGAUGUUUAGAUUACCUGAAGAACAACAGAGAUGAGGUAGUAAAAAAUUAUAACAACAUACUGCCAUCAAGCAAAGAAAAAGUUUUGCUGAACUAUCUAAGCUCCCUUAAAAAAAAGCUUAAAGAAAAGCAUAACAUUCAGUUCUGUGAAUUCUUUAUUGAUGAAUACGGAAUGAAAAAAAAUAUUUGUUCCUCAAUAAUACAAAUAUAUUUCCCCUUCGACAAGGGAAAUAACUAUAAAGAAAUAUACAGCUAUAUUAAAAACUUUUUUACUUAUGAAAUAUUAUUAAAAAAAAAAAUUAAAACGAUAUUACUAGCCAAUACAACACUUUUGUUCAACUGGAAGAUUGCAGACUGUGUAGAUCUAUCCAGCAUAGUCGUUUCUGCGCUGAGGACGAAAAACUAUGAAGCGUAUGUUGUAUGUGGUGAAGCGCCUUUUUCUAUAUGCUCCAAAAAUGAUAAAAAGAACUUUUGCGAUUUUAAUUUAAAAGAAUUCAAACUAUCCAAGGAAAAAAAUGAGAGCAUGACAGACAUAAAGGAGAAAAAGAAGAAAUAUGAGAAACUAAUGAACGUUGGUAAAACGAUGCUCAGGGAAAACAAAUAUGAAGACGAAAAAGUAAAUCUUGAAGAAGAUUUUUAUAUACAUAUGUGGAUACUUAUAAAAAAAAGCUUAGAUCUAAGAAAAGAUGUUUUUAUAGAAAUGUCUUCAGGCAAGGAAUACGACAUCGACGAUUGCCCAUAUAGAUCCAUUUUUUACUUGUGGAACGAAAAAAAUGUUUAUAUUAACAUAAACAAGACUGAAAAAAUAAAAAUACUGAUAUCCCAACUAAAGAACAAAGAGUAUUUCGUCCCUGCAUUUUAUGAGGAAAUAAAAAACAAAGCACUAACUCCUAUUGUUGAAAACAAAUUUUACGUAAUAAGAAAAGACAGAUUUCUCUUGAAAUACCCUCAUGGUAGCAAGACUACAUUUUAUAACAACUGCAAGAAGGAUGAAUAUGGCUAUUUUCUCCAGCACGACGGACUAACAGAAAUGCAUACACAUUAUACAAACAAAUUCUAUACAGACAUUGAAUCUGUCUGUAGCUUUUAUAAGCAUAGAAGAGACAGGAAAAGAGCUAAAAUAUAUCUGCCACAGAAAUUUAAAACUAUUGAAUAUUACGAUGAUUGCGGUCACCAACGUUUAAAGAAACUAGAACAAAGGAUAGGGUUUUAUUCGCGUUUCACGUUUUACGCAAAUAGGGCGGAUGGACUAGCAUAUUAUGUUGAGAUAAAGGACUACAAACUGAUGGAAUAUUUCAUUAAUCGGAAUGAUGACGUGAUAUACAGAUCAGUUAAGCUAUCGAAGAACGAGAACACAAUUUACAAGUUGAAGGUACAUACGUUUGAGGGAGAUGAGUACUAUGUAACGAAAAUCACUGUGAAAUAUAGAAAUAAGAAUGCUAAGAAUGGAAUAAAAAAAAAAGUUUUCCUAAUACCGGAAAAUAAGAUAAUCCUUGUUUAUUACAAUGAAUAUAACAAAAUUAGUAAUGUUUGUGAGGUUUAUGAAAAAUGCAUAAGAUACAAUGAAGACACGGAGGAGGAUGAAGAAGUGAUAGCGUAUAAAAGAAAUUUUAUAUACAAGCAUUUUGUGAAUUAUCAGGACUCAACAGAAGGCAAUAAACUAUACUUGCUGAAAGAGGAAGGCGAAAUUUUUCAAGAUAUAAAGAAUAUCUAUGACAAUGUCAUAUGUUCAAUUAUUAGGGAAAAGAAAGAAAUCAAACGAAUGGAGGAUGCUUACCAAUAUAUGCCUAACAACAUCACUAACAUAAAUGAGAUCGUUUAUCAUGAGAACAACGAAAUAGAUCUAUUCAACAAAAAGUUAAUGCAAGACAACCUAAAUGUGUAUAAUUUUUACUAUACCUAUCCUUGGAAUAAUCAUUUAGACAUUUCUAUGGAAAAUAAUUUCUUCUCGUCAAAAAAAAAAAUGCUUACAGUUGAAUGUGCCUGUGACGAAAUAACAUAUAUUGCUUCAGAGAAGAAAAAUGAACCCCAAUAUGAGUACAUUCUUGAAGGGGUAAGCAGGAAUAUAAAAAAAAAAAAAUAA